AUGCUGUGGAGGACAUGUCGACGGCUACUCCACGUCGUCGGUCCGACCUCGUCGACGACGACGUCGAAGCCAUCGAGUCGAACAGCCGCAGCCGCAGCCGCAGCCAUAGCCGCAGCAUCCUCUCCACGUUGUUGCCUCACCCCCUCCCCACGCCUCACCAUCGGUCCCUCCUCCCAGCUGUUCUCGACAUCCCAGCCCUCGCAAAAGUACGAAAAGAAAUCGACGCAAAAACACGACAGGCUUGCUCAGAAACGAGCGAUCAGGGCCAAGCGGAGUCUGGUGCUCGUCGACAAGCAAAAGAAGCGCAGGGAGCAUGAGAUCCACAGGUUGCAGGAGAGGGAGCAGAAGAGGGUGCGGGUCGAUGUGCGUACUUUACAACGCGAAAGAGCUCGAGCAAGCGCUGACCCAUGCUAUUCUCUCGCCGCGCCCCCUCCCUCGACUCUCAUCAGGAAUGGACAUCCGACCUACCCCCACUUGAAGAAGCUGAACUCGAAUCGAUGUACCAACAACUCAUAACAGCCACACCCGAACAACUCUUGCCCCCACCGGAAACUCAUCCGGCCAUCGCAGCUCCCAAGCCACCCCAAUUGCUCUUGUAUGAUCCGUCGAGGGAUGGAGCGCAAGGAUUGCUGAACCUUGCGGAGAGGUUGGAAGCCUUCGAGGCCGACGAGGAGGUGGACGCGCCCGAAAGAGAUCAGGAUCCUGUAUCUACCAUAAUCUCGGACUUGGCGGAGAAGCUCAGACGAAGGCGCAGCGAGAUGGGCUUACCGCGAGAACCGGAGGAGAACGCGCGAGAGGGAGCACAGGAGCUCGUUGAGAUCCCAAAAUCGGCUCCGCAAGUCCUGCUCGAUCGACUGGAGUCUUUGUUGCACGUCGGCGAAGUCGCUUCACUCCCGAGCACCGCAAUAGAUUUCGAUCAUGUUCAACCUUCGAAAGGGUUGAUACACCAAUCGGAAUGGACUGAUCUGAUCAUCACUGCCGUGAGUACUCCCUCGGAAUCCACAUUGAGCACAUUGAGCAGCCGAUUGAAUCUAUGACGUGAUCUUUUACAGGCCCAGAGCCAAGACCUAGAAAGCGUCAAGCGUGGAUUAAUCCUGAUGCAACGCAUGGCACCUCAACACGACGCACGAGCGAUGAACGAGUUGAUGAGCCUCUUCGCCGCCGAGCGUAGGCCGCGCGAUGCCCUCGAACUGGCCAACUUCGCUAAAGAGCGUGAGUCAUUCGAGCUCACCUACCCCGCAACUAAUCCACGAACUGAUGAUAUCCUCCGCACAGGCUCACUGCCCUUUUCACUCGAGUCGCAUCACCACCUACUCGCCUCCCUUUCCCCCUCCCACCCCGAGCUCGCAAUCCAACAUCUCCACUCGCUCGAAGCCUCCAACUACACCCCCUUACUCGCAACAUACACACACCUCAUCAACCGACUCCUCUCACCCAUCUCACCACCCCAUCUCAUCGCACGAGGAUGGGACCUCUACGCCCACUGUCGACUCGUCGCUCACCCCAUCCCCGACGUCGACCUCUACAACACCAUGAUCGCCGCUUGUUCGCGAGGCGCUUACCCGUCCCCUGAACGCGCCGUCGACCUCUUCCUCGAGAUGACGGAAACGAACUUGAUUGCUCCUACACCCACAACGUACAAUGCCCUCAUCCGAUCCUGCGCAAGAGAAGGUAGUCAACCAUCUUAUUUUGAAGCGUUGCGCUACCUCAAGAAGAUGUUGGACGACAACUUGCUUCCUAACCGAGGGACGUUCCAUGCGAUUUUGGAGGGGGCGAGGAGACAGGGCGAUUUGUUGAGGAGUCGAUGGGUGUUGGUUAAGAUGGUGCAGAUUGGGGGGGAGUGUAGACCGAAUGCGGAUACGUUGGCGUUGGUGUUUAGGAGUUAUAAAGGGUAUGAACCCGAGGUGAAGGAGAAGAGAGGGAUCGCUAUUGGGGGAUCGAAGCGGGCCGCGGUGGUGGGUGAGGAGAAGGAUCUGGAGGUGGAUAUCAUCAGUGCCGACGUUGGACCGAACGAAGUGAUCGACGAGACACACAAGGUCGACGCGCAACCCACCGCAACUGCAGCAGAAGAGCAACCACUCGAGGACUCGAACGUGAUUGAACUCCUCGGCGAGUCGUCCCUCUUCUACCCCGGCCCGAUCCCAACAACGCCAGAUGAGCUCGUCCUCGAGGCCCAAAACCUGUUGCUCCAAAUUGUUGAGCCUAGCGUUCUCGGGCUCUCUACAUCGCCUCGAUCAAGACCCUCGUCCUUCCCCGAUGUUCGACCCACGGCGUUCCUUCUCAACUCGUAUCUUGAACUGCUCACAGCUCAUGCUCCCCUCCCAGCCUCAGUCGACUUCUUCAACUCGGCCUAUGGACCGUCCACAGGCGUCGACAAGAACGGCUAUACGUUCGAAGUAAUGAUCAAGCGAUGCGAAACGGCGAAGAAGAGAGAGGUCGGGUUGGAAAUGGCGAGGAAGGUGUGGGAGGAAUGGAAGGUUUGGUCCGAGGAGGAUCAGGAGCGAUUGAGUGGGAGGAACAUCUCCCUUUUGUGGGGGAGUAUGAUUCGCGUUUUAGCUAGGUGGGCUUGUUUUUUCUAACCGGACAAAAAUGGUCGUUCGGGUCAUGUACUGAUAUUUCGUGUCGAUCACCCCAGAUCGUUCAAGCACGCCGAGGGUUUGGACCUCUUACAACGUUUCAUAUCGACCUACCCACCCCUAGCGCUCGUCGCCUCCGCGCGUUCCAGGGCACACCAACGACACUCCCUCCCUCCCAACCCAAACAAGAUCCAACUCUCCUCCCUCCAAUUCCCCGAAACGACCCAUCCUGCAACGAGGCACGAUCUCCCUCCUCAUUUGUUGGCCGAGGAUGUCAAGUUGUUGUAUUUGAGGUUUAGGAAUGUCGAAGAUAUGGAAGGGCUGAAAAGGAUUCAGGGGGUCGUGAAGGCUUAUAAGGAGGCGAGGCAGGAGGCGAAGAGGAUUGAGGAGGAGAGGCCGAGGAAGAAAGGGUUGAAGGGGAAAGGGGAGGGGAAAGAGCGGACGCAGUAG